UCCCCGCCGCCGUGCGCGGGUCAGAGUCGCGGCUUCUCCGGCGGGGUUCUUUGGCGCGCCAGGUGGCAGCAACGGGCCGGGUCUUACACAAGCACCACACGCGUAAAUCUCCGCCGCCGGCGCUCGCCCACCGCGCGGACCGGCCGCCUUCGCUUCGGGGUCGCGCUCUGCUGGAAGGCGCAACCGGCUCCUUGCCCUCCUUGCCUCUCCUCCCCCGGGUCUCAGAUACAAAAGGACGUGGUGUCAGCCUCUUGCGUGCGGACUUCAUGUCUGUAUUCUUCCCCAUUCACUGCCCUGAUUAUUUGAGAUCAGCUGACAUGACUGAGGUGAUGAAUGCUCCCUCUAUGGACGAGAUUGGCUUAAGCCCCCGCAAAGAUGGACUGUCUUAUCAGAUUUUUCCAGACCCUUCUGAUUUUGAUCGUUACUGUAAGCUGAAGGAUCGUCUCCCUUCCAUUGUGGUGGAACCAACAGAUGUUGAUGUGGAGAGUGGAGAGUUAAGAUAGCCACCUGAGGAGUUCCUGGUCCUGGAAGAAGAGGAAGAAAUCUGUGAGGAAGCAAAGAAAGAGAGCAAGGAGCAAUAAAUGGCUUGGAGAGAGUUAUCUGUACUACUUAAGAUGCUGUGUCAUCUCGAAGGGAGAGAACAACUGUUCUGAAGAGUCUUUUUCUACAAAGACAUUCGAUUUUGCACCUGCAAGAACUUAGUUUUUGAUUUUUUCCAUAUUCUCUAUUGAGAACUGAAGUGCUCGAUGUGACAAUCUCCAGCUGAAACCAAGGAAGGAACCUAGGCAGGGGGGAAAGCAAAACAUGGCUGCUCUUCUAAAGAUUGCUGUUGAGUUUUGUUGAGGUUUUCUGGGGCAGCCGUGAAAUUACUGGGCACUUUGGUUGAGGAUUAGAUGGGCAGGAAAUGCACUUUUCUCAAGUGUAUGAAGUGGAGGAAAUGACUGCAGAGUGCAGAAUGCAGCUGCAUUUAUAUGAGGAAAUGCCUCUGGCUAUAAAAGCAUGAGAAUAGUAUUCAUCUCUCAAAACUUUGCCUUUUUAUAGUGCUUCUGUUUCCGUGCGCGCGCGCGCGUAUGUGUGUGUGUGUGUCUGUCUGCGCACGCCUGUGUGUCAGGGGGUUUGGAGUAUGGGAACUUGCCAUUUAAAUGCUCCAGUGACAUUAUCAACUGAGGCAGGAGUUCCUGCUGUGCUGCAUAGAGGAGCAAUGGAUCAAUAACCUCUUUUCCAGUCCAGCAUUUUGUCCAGCCUGUUUCCUACAAACUGUCUGUUCUUUUCUGCCAUCCCUUCUUAUGCAUUUCAGUCUUGCAGUGCUGAAUAGCUUUGUCUAAGCCCAGUGUUGCUAACUUCACAAGAGUGUCCUGGGCCACCUGUUAUACAAUAGCCUUGUUUAUCCAAGGUAACAGAGCUAGUUAGGGCUGAUUCUCUCUCUCUUUUGGCAAAUGUUUAUUUGGGGGGAAGGGAGUGUACCAUUUUGGUUUUUUCCCCCCCACAAGAAUAACUCUUUGUAUUUCCUUUCUUGCCACCAAAGUUGCUGUUAAGUCUCCCGGCUCACAAUAUGUGUGAUUGCUGUGAGAUUCAAGCUUCUCUGGUGGUGCAAGCUGGUCAUGGGAAAAAGUUGGCUCAAGAGUUCACUUUAUUGUAGCACAGGGGACAGUUGGGUCAAAAAGAUUAUGAAGAGCCUAACUAGAAUUUUGGAGAUGAUUUGGACAUGGGAUAACAUAAUUCUUGAAGGAAAGCAGGCCUUCUCCUCAAAAAAAUAAGAACAAAGUAUUAUGAUCUCUCAGUAUUGUGGAGAAGAUAAUGUGCUUUUUAAAUAUACAUGUGGGAAAUACUAGUGGCCAUAAAUGAUGCUCUGAUCUAAAUUCUCAAUAAUGAUCUUCCCUUCUUUUGUCCUGUGGAUUUUCCUUUUGGGAGGAAGAAUCAGUUCUUUGGAAUAAGCUAAACCUACAGCUUUUAAGGAAAGCACCAUCUGACCACUUGGUAGAAGUCCUUGCUGAGACUUCAUAGUACAAGGGGACCACUCUGAGAAAUCAAAUGCUAGUGGUUUUCAUUUUAAUCCUGGAGACACUAAAAAUAUGUAAGACUCUCAUCAUGGCCUUAAACGGAUAUUCUAAACAGUCUCCUAGGGUUUCCUUGUUUAUUGGCUCAAAUAUUUUACUUUUUCAAAAUAAAACUAUUAGGACUUUGUGUGUAUAUAUUUGUAUUUGAUACCUCAUGAGUAGUAGCGAUGCUGGUAAGGGGUUGUGGGAAAUUUGCUUGUUCAAAUCAGCGAAAUGUAUUCCUUCUCCCCUCCCCCAGUCUUGUCUUGCUUGUGUUUUCAAUAUAAAUGGCAAUAACUUUUUAACAGCUGUGAGUCAUUAUUACAUGUGGGUGUGAGGUUGCACUACUGCCCAAGUUUGUUCUUUUUAAGUAUAAUAAUGUGAGGAUAUAGUUGGGUGUUCUUGUGUGUCCUUUUGGUGGCCAAGAACUUGUCGCACACGUACUACCUGUCUUGGUGGAUGUUUUGGCAUCAUGAAAACUUGUCUUGCAUCCUUUACCUAGCCCAGGUUGCUUUGAAACUGAUGGAUCCAGAUGUUUUUGGUCUUGUAUCCUGAACACAUGUUCUUGUCUUGCUAUUUGGUAGAAUAAGUU